AUGAGAGUGAACAAUCUUAAAGCUAAGAAGUCUAAGUGUGCUUUUGGCAGUAGACAAGUAGAGUAUUUGGGGCAUGUGAUUAGCAAGGAGGGUGUUGCUACUGAUCCAGAGAAAAUUAAAGCCAUUAAGGAAUGGAAAAAACCUGUUACUUUGAAGCAGUUAAGAGGAUUUUUGGGUUUGGCUGGAUAUUAUAGGAGGUUUAUAAAAAUUUUUGGUAUUAUUGCAAAACCUCUUACUGAAUUACUUAAGAAAGAUAAUUUCCAUUGGAGUGAGGAAGCUGCCAAUGCAUUUGAGACAUUGAAAGAAGCCUUGACAACCCCGCCAGUACUUAGAUUACCAGAUUUUAAUAAAACCUUUGUGCUUGAAACUGAUGCAUCUGGGAAAGGAAUGGGGGCAGUUUGA